AUGUCGGGGUCUUUUUGGAAGUUCAACAAUGGUUUUACUUCUCUUUCCAAUAUCAGCACAUUACUCGAGAAUCACAACCAAAGUCGAGAGCAGAGCAACUCGUCAGCAAAUAGGCAAGAGGAAGAACGCGAACAACAUGAUUUGUUGAUAAAACUACUAGACGAGAAUGACUUGUUACAGGAGCUAUUAUCGAAUAAUCCCAUGCUUUUAGAGUUUUUGAGAGAGGAAAAAGUGUUGAGCAUGCUAGUGGAUAUUGUCAUUUCCAAAAACAGCCAAGGAUUCGACUCUAGUGAAGAUGAAACGGCGAUAAACUCAAGUGUUUCUGAUACAGAAAAAGGUAAAAUACGAGAUACUGACAAAAAAUUGGAGAAAGGGGAGCAAAAGAAAAAGGAGAAGGUAGAGGAAGAUUAUGAGGAAGAAGACGACGAGGACGAGGACGAGGACGAGGAGGGGGAGGAGGAGGAGGAAGGAGACGAAGAAUCCCCUGAGGAUAAAUUUAGAAGAAGGGCGACAUUAGCAUCGGAAGUGCUAAGUGCAGAUGUUUGGUCUCUAACAGAUACAGUGAUGGAGUCUACGGCAAACCUCAACAAGUUAUGGAACAUUUUGGAUUCAAGAGAGGCACUUGAUGUUCACGUAUCAACUCACUUUAUGAAAAUAAUGGAACAUUUGCUAGACAUGAAGUGCGACGAGAUGAUUACAUACUUGAUAGAAAACCAGCCAAAUUUAGUGGAAAAGUUUAUAAAUCAUUUGUCAAACCCUCCAUUGAUGGAUUUUUUGUUGAAAUUGAUAUCCACAGACAAACCAGACAACUCAACAGGAAUAAUAGAUUCCUUGCAAAACCAAAAUUUGAUAUCACAGUUGAUACAAGCAUUGGAUGUUUGCAACAAUCCCGCUGGUGGUGACGAUGCUGAUAAAGAUGAUGCCCGUAAAGGCAAGAGUCACGAACUAUUACUAAUUGAGCAAAGCAGUGCGGCCGAUUUUUUGAAAGCUUUAAUCACGAUAUCUGCUAACUCAACAGCUGACAACUCCACGAUCGGGCCCAAUGAAUUGACCCGAGAGUUAGUCAGUAAGGAGCAAAUCACCCAUUUAUGUAACAUUAUGCUUAAAGGAGGCUACGCUUUAGCAAACGGAGUUGGAAUUAUUAUUGAAAUAAUCAGGAAAAAUAACUCAGACUAUGAUAUUUUACCCAUUUUGUAUAUUACUUUGGAAAGCCAUCCUCCCACGGGAAGGGACCCUAUAUACUUGGGCCAUUUACUUCGCGUGUUUGGAGAAAAUAUUGAGAAUUUCAAUAACUUGUUAAUGAAGGAAGACAGAGAUCCCAAAUUGAGAACACCCUUUGGUAUUAUAGAACCCUUGGGGUUUGAAAGGUUCAAGAUUUGUGAGUUGGUGGCUGAAUUGUUGCACUGUUCCAAUAUGGCGCUCCUAAACGACAACAGGGGGUUCGACGUUGUAAAAGAACGUGACGAAGUGCGAGAGAAGAUGAAAGAGUUUGAUCCGAUAAGCUUCAAAUAUAACGAGACUAUUAUUUUGCCAAAGGAGGAUACUUUUGACGAACGUGUUGAUGAUGAUGAUGAUGAUGAUGAUGUUGAUGAUGUUGAUGAUGAUCAUGAUGAUGUGAGUGUGAAUGUUAAUUUGAAAUCAGAUGUUACGUCAAAGAACAGUGAGACUGCAGACGAUACAAUAGACGAGUUUAACAAGCAAGAGGAAAUGACGGAGGAAGAAGAGCCACAUGCUAAUUCAAAUUUGUCUGAGGAAGAAAUACGGUCGAAUCCAGUGGUUGGUGAUUUUUUAAAGAUUGCUCUCUUUGACACACAAAUAAUCUCCAACAUUUUGUCAAUGUUUUUCCGUUUUCCAUGGAACAAUUUCUUACACAAUGUUGUGUUUGAUAUUGUUCAGCAGGUUUUGAACGGAUCUAUGGAUAUAGGAUUCAAUAAGUUCCUAGCUAUAGAUUUGUUUCAUCUGGCAGAUAUCACAAACAAAAUAAUAGAGGGACAAAAAUUGUGUACGGAUUACGAAACAAGCCAUAACGGUCUCAGGUUGGGCUUUAUGGGUCAUUUGACUUUGAUAGCUGAGGAAGUUGUGAAAUUUGUUCAGCUAUUCCCAUUAAACACCCUUAGUGAGUAUAUCAAUGGAAAAAUUGAGAGUGAUGUGUGGGAGGAUUAUGUCAGUAAUGUUCUUUAUGAUACACGAGAAAAAUACAAUACUAUUUUGGGAGGUAAUGACGAUGAUGAUGAUGAUGACGAGGAGGAUGAGAGUACGACAUUUGAUGAGGGGUUGGGUGAGAUAAUCGAGGAGGUUAAAACGGGUUUAGUAUUUCAAGACGAUGAAGAUGAGGAAGGAGAGGAGGAAGAGGAGGAAGAGGAAGUCGAGGAGAGGGGUGUGCCGGAUGAGGGGCAUGAAGAAGAAGAAGAAGAAGAGGAGGUGGAGGUGGAUGAGGAAGAAGAAGAUAAUGACGAUGAUGAAGAGGAGGAGGCGGAUGUUACAAAAGAAAGAGAUAUAAAUGAUAAAAAUAGUACCUUAAAAGCUUUGAAGAUGAAGAAGAAGGACUUGUUGGACAGUGAUGAAUCUGAAUCAGAUGAAGACGAGCACUUUUCAAACUACAUGUCUGAACAAUUGACAAGCGCGUCAAUCAAUAUCAACAAGAAAAGCAAUGAAGGUGAAUUUGAAAGCUCUAACAAAGACGAAGAUAACGAAAAGGUAAGUGGCGACGACGAUUCGGAUUGCGAAAGCAGUGGAGAGGAUUCAGACGAAUAUAUCGAUCCCAAUGAUGAUGGUAUGCUGUAUAAAAAAUUGAACCCAUUAUAUGACAAUUUGGGUAUUUUGAAAAGAAAUGACAAUUCAGAUGACGAGAAGAUAGAGGCGGAUGCCAAAGUUGACGAAGAUUUUAGUACAAGCUCUGAUUCAAGUUCAUCAGAGGAGGAGCUUGAUCAGAGUUGA